AACAGACAGACAGACCAACACCGUGACCUCUCCUCCCCUGUCUCUCUCCCCCUCAAGCUCUCCCUCUUCCUCCCUCCCGCGGCGCGGCCGAAUGCCGCGAGCUGGGCGGAGCUGACCCCGCCGCCGGCGACUCCGCUCGGCCGCCGCCGCAGCGACGUGGAUUCGGCUGCCGAGCGCGGAAUGCCCGCGGAGGGAGGGCACUGAGGCGCCCAGAUUCGGGAGCACGGGAGCCUCGCUUCGCCGGGGCGGCGGAGGUGGUUUGGGAGCGGAGGCUUCUCCGGAUUCCAGCGUGUGGGACCUCAACGCGAUGGCCGCCGCCGGCUGCGUCGGCGGCGGCGGCGCCGAAGCCAAGUACAACUCAUACAAGGCGCCGGGCUUGCGCGGGGCCUUCCUGGAGGCGGCGCACGUCUCGUGCCUCGAGGACCGCUACGCGCUGGGGCCGCAGCUCGGGUGGGGCCAGUUCGGCGUCAUCCGCUCUUGCUCCGACCUGGUCACCGGCGAGGCGCUCGCCUGCAAGUCCAUCGCCAAGGAUCGCCUCGUGUCCCCCGACGACGUGCGGGGCGUCAAGCUCGAGAUCGAGGUCAUGGCGCGCCUCUCGGGCCACCCCAACGUCGUUGACCUCAAGGCGGUAUACGAGGACGAGGACUCCGUCCACCUCGUCAUGGAGCUCUGCGCCGGCGGGGAGCUCUUCCACCGUCUCGAGGAGCGCGGCUUCUUCUCGGAGCACGAGGCUGCCGUGCUCUUCCGGUACCUCAUGGAGGUCGUGGCCCAUUGCCACAGCAAGGGGAUCGUGCACCGGGAUCUCAAGCCGGAGAACAUCCUCCUUGUCAGCAAGUCGCCAUCAUCGCCUAUCAAGCUCGCGGACUUUGGCCUCGCCACCUACAUCCUGCCUGGUCGAAGCUUGAGCGGCAUGGUAGGAAGCCCGUUUUACAUUGCGCCGGAGGUGCUGUCCGGUGGAUACAAUGAAGCUGCCGACGUGUGGAGCGCCGGGGUUAUACUCUACAUCCUCCUGAGCGGCAUCCCGCCGUUUUGGGGGAAAACCAAGUCGAAGAUCUUCGAGUGUAUAAGGUCGACAGAGCUGCGGUUCCCUUCUGAUCCAUGGGAUAGGGUUUCUGAUUCAGCAAAGGAGCUGGUCACUGGGAUGCUACGGCGCGAUCCUAGGCAACGACUAACCGCCAAGCAGGUUCUAGAGCAUUCGUGGAUGCAAGAGCACGCGGACCAAACACAAGAUUCCUGCAGCCAUUGCCACGGCAUCGGCCUCAGGAGGGAGGACCUCGGCUCGUGCUCCUUCUCCACGCCGCUGGCGACGCGGAGCAGGGACGUGAGCUUCAACACUGGCGGCCCCAUCGCCUGCCAGGGCAUGUCGGAUGACGAGGCGUGCUCUCCCACCUUCGCCUGCAGGUCGUCCUUCUCGGCAUUCGUCCCCGACAUGGCCCCAUCUUGCUCGAUGUCUGGGUUCUCGUUCGGCGAGGCGAGCGAGCUCGGUGGUGGCGUGGCGUUCCCCACGCCGCCGGUGGCUUCCAUGCCGAGCUUCUCGUUCUUCUGCGCGCAAGAAUGCGGCGAGCCCGAGCCGUCGGGGUCACAGGGGGUGUCGGUCGCUGCUGCUGCUCCUUCCACGUCUCGGAGGAUGUCAGAGGUGAUGGGGACGGCGAGGCCUGUGACGAACCAGUCGCGGGGCGCCGGCAUCAACAGCAGGCGGAACCACACGAUCGGCGCCGGCGAGCGGGAGCCCCUGGACGUGGCGGUGGCGGAGUCCGUCAUACGGUGGGCGUCGUGCACGAACCUGUCGACGACGCACUCGCUCCGGGCCUCGCUCGUGUGCUAGCACUUGGUUCCCUCGAGAGUCCUUCGGCCGCCUUUACCUGUAACGCGAUGCAAGCUGAGUGUUGAGAUGAGAGUGACAGUCAGAGGUAGAGAAUGUAACCUGAAACCCGAUAUAUAUGAUGUUGUUAUAGUAAUAGUAGUAGAUUACCGAGUGAUGUUCCUCA